CGCCGCUGUCGACCUCCCUGCCGGCCAAGACACCCAGAAGAGGUUCAGCUCCCACUCAUGGACUAUAGAAAUGUAUCAGAGAACAGCAAGGAGCUUCCCAUGCCCAGCUCAGACUCCCUGCCACCCUCAGUGUCAGGCACAAAUUCCUGUUCCUCAUCUUUGACUGCACAGAGGACAGGGGUGAUUCUAGGGAGACCCGCAGCUGCCAAUGCAGCCCGAGAACGCAGCCGAGUGCAGACCCUCCGCCAUGCCUUCCUGGAGCUGCAGCGAACCCUGCCCUCCGUGCCGCCUGACACCAAGCUCUCAAAACUGGAUGUGCUGCUCCUGGCCACCACCUACAUCGCUCACCUCACCCGCAGCCUGCAAGAUGAGGAAGAGCUGCCUGGAGAGAGCCUCGGCACGCUGAGAGGAGAUGGUUACCUGCAUCCAGUUAAGAAAUGGCCAAUGCGAUCAAGGUUAUACAUUGGAGCCACAGGACAGUUUUUGAAUCACCCCAUGCAAAUAGAUAAUGCAAACCAAGGAGAGACUUCAGCGAAUUCACAAAUAUAACAUCCAGUUUUUAUUAAUAUUGUUGUAUUUAUUAUGCCAGGUAUAUUUAAAAUAAAGUGCAUCUUCCCUCCAACUGCAAUAUUUUUUCAAAGAUAGAUAAGACUGACAACAUCAGAACUAGGUGUAAUAUUGAAAUGUAAGGACGAUUCACAUAUGUACUUUCUUUAUGAACACAGGUAGUCUCCUUGUGUGAACAGCAUAUCAUGCAAGCAAUUGGACAAUUUCCACAAUUAGUGAAAUGGCUAGAUGUAAUUCUAAUCUUUAAAAUAUUGGCUCUCUGGGUCAUGUUAUGCUGUUUGUGCAAAGACUUCAAUUAUGUUUGUGAAGGAAGUCAUUGAAUAUAACAUGUGAACUGGAACAGUUAAAA